AUGCCGCCUCCUUUGUUUUCUUGCUGCAAUUUCGUAAAAUGUUCCUUGAAUCUCCGUUGGAAAUCUAUUAGAUCCCUUGCCUAUACAACGUACUCCGACGUGUCAGAAUGGUCUCCGGAUACCAAUCAGUUAUGUCAUCGGAUUGAAAAACUCAGUAAGUUUAAGGUUAUUGAGACCCUGGACCAGAUGAAGAGAGAACGGAGCAGUGCGUUGCUAUUUGCCCGUCAAUUGAAAGAGUCUGGUUUUAAACAUGAUGUUGAAACUUACAUGACAAUUGUUCGAUUAUUUUGUCAUUCAGGUACGGAUGUAAGGUUAAAUCAUUUGUUUAUGUAUGUCAUUGAGGAUAUAAACAGGGAACUUGUUGGUUUUGAAAUCUGUGAUAUGUUAGAAGCAUUGAUAGAGGAAAAAUUGAUAAAAGCUGUUGAUGUGUUGGUUAAGGUGUAUGCAAGUGUUGGAAGGUUCAAGGAGGCGAUGCACACCUUGUCAGAGAUGAAAAGUAGGGGUGGACUUUUGGUGUCAACAAGAACGUGUAAUUUUGUAAUGAACGAGUUGAUUGAAUGGGGGAAAGUAGAUAUGGUGGAGUCGGUUUACGGACUACUGAAGAAGAAUGGGCUGAUUCCUAAUGUGCAUACAUAUGGGAUUCUGAUGAAAGGAUAUUGUAGGAAGGGUCGUUUGAUAGAAGCUGGGAACUUGUUUGUAAAUAUACAAUCAGAGGCUGGCGUCGAACCUAAUGCUUUCUUCUAUGGUUUUGUAAAAGAGUCCAGGCUACAAGAUGCAGAAGAUGUGUUUCUUGACAUGAAGCUUAGAGAAGUUGUCCCUGAUGCAGAUUCUUACAGCGCAUUAAUUUGUGGGUAUCGUAAGAAAAGGGACACUGCUAAGGCAUUGGAUAUCCGUAAGGAAAUGGAAUCAAGAGGUAUUAAAGCCGAUGAUGUGAUUGUGAGGUCCAUGAUGCAAAGGUUGUGUGGUUUGGGCAGGCAUGCUAAAGCUCUAUAUAAGUUCAAGGGUUUUAUGCACUCUGGGGUUUUCAUUGACGGAGUCACGUUUAAUAUGGCGAUUGAUGUUGCAUGUAAACUAAGGAGAAUGGAAGAUGCCAUGGGGUUGGUAGAAGAGAUGAAAUUUAGGAAAAUGAAGCCUUUGAAAAUGCACUAUAGGACUUUAAUAGAUGGAUACUGUCUCCGGGGGGAACCUUGGAAUGCAUUAUACAUCUUUCAGGAGAUGAUGCGGAAUGGCUUGAGACCAGAUUCUACCACUUAUCAUGUGCUUGCUUGUGGCGGUGUUUUCCUUCCUCUCUUCAUGUUAUUCAAAUAG